GGCUGAUAGUGAUUGAUAGUGGCAAGAUUCUACAAUUAAUAUCUCGCUUUGUCGAACAAACUAGUUGGAGCUAAACAUUACCUUUAUAACAAUAAAGAUCUCUAAUAACAAAAAUAACAUAAAAUUAGUUCUUUGAUUAAUUAAACAUAUGUGGUGACAAAAUGAAUCACUUAUUACAUACGGUUUUAUUUUUGUUUAUCAUUACAAUGGACAUUGCUGUCGCAGAAUUUUCGGCAAAUGAUUGUAAGAUUUUGGGAUUUAAUAAAGCCAAUGUGCUCUGCUCGACCUGUAAACAUUUUGCCGAACCUGAUCUAGAAAAAAUUUAUACCAUAUGUAAGGAAUGUUGUCUAAAAGAUAACGAUUAUGAAUUGUCAAAACGUUAUCCCAAAGCCAUCCUUGAAGUGUGUACGUGCAAAUUUGGACAAUAUCCACAAAUACAAGCUUUCAUCAAAAGCGAUCGACCAAAAAAGUAUAAAAACCUCAACAUAAAGUAUGUAAGAGGUUUAGAUCCGAUCAUUAAGUUGUAUGAUGCAGAAAAUAAAGUUGAAGAUGUACUCGAUAUACACAAAUGGGAUACAGACUCUGUAGAUGAAUUUCUGUCGACUCAUCUUUCUAAGGAUUAAAAUUAGAAAAUAUUACAUUACAUGAUAUUGUUUCUAUUGAAUUCUUAAUAAACUAUCCUUUUAAUAUGAAUAUUA